CGACGCCACGCCGCACAGGCGACGACCAUCGGCCGCGCGCGCCGUGUUUUUUCCCCCUCGAAUAUAAGGGCACGGGGACGCGCGCGCCCGGCUCUCCCCCCGCGACAAGGACCCCGCGACGAGGUGUGGAUAAUGGUAGCGAGGAAGUGCCGGCGUCGCCGCCGCCGUCGAGUGGCGUCCCGCCGUCGCCGGCAGCCCGAGCGUCAACGACAGUCCGGCGAAGGCGCGGAGUGAACGGCCUCGCGGAGUGAUCGACUCCUCGCCUUGGCUCCGCAGCACGCCCCGACGCUCAGGAUUUUAAGGCGUGGAGAGAGAGAGAGAGCGAGAGAGGAGGCUCUACCGUGCGCGUCAACUCCGACGGCGAUGCGUCGCCGUCUUCGUCGGCGGUGCGUGCGCGCGCGUGCGUGCGUCCCAACGUGCGGGGGGGAAAAAAGGGCUUUUCGCACUGCGGGAUAGCGUGCGCUGGUGAUCGAAGGGACCCCGGGAGUGAGCAGCGGCGUGUGCUCCACGCGGCGGCGUGCGUGUGCUUCUCGCGUGAGGGCCUCGUACGAUCGAGCCCGCCGAACGAACGCUCCGUUCCUCCCGUCUCCUCGGGAACUCGCGUGAGAACUCGCGCGGACAGGCGUGAAAACUCUUUCGCGUGGGAGAUUCGUGAGUGCGCGGACGAUACGUGCGCGCAUUUUCCCUCUCGGAUACUUCCCUUCUCGAUGUAUAAAGAAACUAAGAAAAUUAGAGUAUACCCGGCUGGCCGCGGCCUACGACCCGGUGAUAUACAUACGAAAUCGAUCAGCGUUUAAUUAAUAAUUAAAGUCGGAAGAUUGAAAUUCGAUACGCGAGCGACUCUCGCCGACUGAAUUUUUUUCCCCUGCGAAAACUUUUAAACCGUUUGCUACUAAUUCGCGCAUAAAUGAGAGAUUUAUUAAUUCACAGGAUGCAUUACGGUUUAUAAAUAAUUUCUAAUACUCUGUAUCGACUAGAAAUUUUGCAUAAUCGGUAUUCAAAAUUCCAAUCUGAGCGGAGAAAAACAAUAAGGGUAGAUAUAUAUAUAUACGUUCCAUUUUAUCGGAAAAAUAUUGGCCGAUUAUACCGGCAAGGAUCGAUACGUUAGACAAACAGAUGAUAGGCUUCCCAGAUUCGCACAGUGUGCGCAAAAUAAAGCCCGGCAAGGCAAUUUCGGCGUGCCACGAGAAUCCCUUGUUGUAACGGGGCUAUAUCUUCACUACCUGCACCCUUAUCGAACUAGUAGCUUCCGGCUGUUUUCCCAAUCAAACAUAAUAAAAUUCCACGGUUUUGCCUUUCGGAAAUUAAUACCCCGUGUACGAUAAUAAAUUCUCGAAACUCCGACGAAGUGUAUAGAAUUGAUAAAGUCAGCAUGCAAUUUUCCUAAUUAAAGUACCGACGUGUGUGUGUGUAUAGCAUGCGAAAAGUUUCGUGGAACUUGAUUCAGUAUCGGUAUAGCCGCGUUAUAUAAUGGACUAAUACAUCUUGGAUUAACGCUCUCCCAAUCAAUACGCUAUAACGCGCUGUUUAAUUCACGCGGCGGCGUUUAUUUUUAAUCGCGAGGGAUUCUUUAGUGUCGCGUAUUUUUCUAAAAUAGUGUAAAAAGCAAUCUACAUAAUGGGCACUGCGCUCGUCAAUGAACUUUCCAUAGACUUCAGUAUAGCCGCGAGAUAGGACGGGAAUAUAAAAUGGAAUGCUCAGUUUAUCGGCCAAGUAUAAAAAGAAGCGAUACUGUAAAUCUUAGGUAAACAGAGAUCGCUUGGCCACCAACAUUUUUAUUCCCACCGCCGCGACUGCAGUUAAUUACUUUGGAAUUAACAUAACAAUUACGAAGAAACAGCCAACGGAGGGAGACCAGAAUCUAGUUAUUUAUUUCGAGGAAGUUAGUUUUCCGGUUCAAGGGACUGUUAUCUUCCCCUCUUGAAGCCUGUUUGCAAUAACGUAAACUAUCAAGUUACAAACGCGAACUUGGUCGUAAGUCUCUCAAAAUGAAGCGAAAUGCAAAUGUGCUAAUCUCGUAACUUCCACGAUCGAAUGGACGAAGUAAUAAAAUAAUUCUCAGAACUUUCUUGAUUACGCGAGAUUCAAUGCUCACCCCCUUCGUAACGGAAGUUACCGAGUUCUUGAUGAUGAAAUUACACGCGAAACAUUUCCCGUAGGUUAUCAGAGCGGGGCGCAUUCAGCUUGAAAUAUUAAAACGCUCUAACAGGCCCAUCUGUCUAUUAACAUCUCUUCGGGACAAACUGGUGUACACGUAUACUUCAAGUUCCAUGCUCGGAAGUAAAAUAUUGCACGAGGGAAGAUCGAAUCCCGCGAACCUAUCCGUCUUACCUUCUCGUGGCACGUUGCCGCUUAAACGUUCCGCACGCGAUCGCGGCGACAACGAGCUUCCUUCCUAAGGCCGGCGUCAAGCCGGCGAUAAAGCCGAGAGUGAGAUGCGUGCACACAUGCCGGCCGUCGGAGAAAGACGAGGACAAUUGUCGCUUCCGGCGUGGGCGAAUUAUGAGACGACGGCACAUCGACCGACACGUGUUUGUGCUUUCAGUGGAUACCGCGAUCCGUCGUAAGCAUCUAGAGAUUUCUCCGGCGAGAGAGUGCGCGAGAGAGAAUCGUGACACACGAGAGGAGAAUCAGGUUGAAGAGUGCUUCGAAAUCUCAGUGUUGUUCCACCAGUGUUGUUGAAAAAAAAGCGCUAGAGAGAGAGAGAGAGAGAAAGAGGAUCGUGUAGUGUCGCGAAACUGGAGUAACCAGGAGAAGAGAAUACGCGAAUCCAGUUGGAUACACGUAGGGGCCCAGCAUCGUGGAAUGAGCGAUAUCUCGUGACAUAUCGAGUGGAUAAAAUCGGGCGCGAGAGUGCUCGAUGAAUUACAAACUGGUCUGUGCUGAUCUAACGCGAUAACGUCAUCGUCAAUAAUAAAAAAAAAGAGAUCCUAUUAAUAUUAUAAUCCUCUUCUGAAUAUAUAUAUAUAUGUAUAAUAAUACUAAUUUGUGUGGAGUGUGAUUAUAAAAUUUACCGUUUGUUCCAAGUUUGAGAGAUAUAUCGCCGUAUAAGAGAAAUCUAUAAAUGUAUACAUAUAUGUAUGUAUACGUGUAUAUACAUGUACGUCGUUGACGAAGAUGAUGUAGAGGCGUAAGAGCCGGCGCGCAGAGGAGAGAGGAAAGGUGACGCUUAACGACCAAACGAAUGUUGUCAAUUACUAUUUAAUCGUCGUGUUAAAGUUUCCACGUUCAAUUAUUAUAAAUGUUAAAAGUUGGUUCGUCUGUAGUCCCCCCGUUAAAUAAUCUACCUCUCUUAAGUAUCGACAACGAAGAAGCUCUUGGAAAACGGCCUAUAAACUGUAUCUAUGUGUAGAGUGCUACGGAUGCUCGGCAGUGAUUGUACCUGGUUUGAUAAGGUAUUAAAUCUCCUUCUCGGAAAGGAGUGAAAACGAGGGCGCCCGUUUUUCCCGUUUCGAAGAUAACAACGGCGGCAUGAACGUACGAGACUGGUUACAAAGUGCCACUUGCAGAGUAUCGCGCGAUCUGGAGCGUUCUAUCAAGAUUGCAACCCAACGACUUCCAAACUUUGUGUACGCAGUGUAGCCUGUAGAACGCGAAAAGAGAGACUUGAUACAUGUAGACGUAAAAGUGAUCGAGAAAUCGUAGGACAUAGUUAGACUAUGUGUGAAAUGUGAGAAUUCGAAAGAAGCCAACAUGGAGAUCAUCACGAAACGCGACGCAACGACCAAAAACUCGACUAUACCAAUGGCCUCCGUGAGGUUCGCCAAGCUGCAAUUCAUGUUCCUUCUUGGUCCACAAGGGGGAAUGUGACUUGAUUUGGGGGAACGAGCCUCGACGAUGAAUCGCCUCAGGGAUCGUCAAAUAGAAAUAUAGGCGCAUAACAAACAAGAAAAAUUAAGAAGAUACGAUAAAAGUAUUUGCGACGCGUAGUGCGACUAGAUAAGGCUGAAAUAUGGAUUCGACGAAAUUGGGUGGUCCAACACCGACUAGUCCGAGGACUCAUUCGCCAGUCCUGCCGAGCUACGCCGCGCCCGGCGAAGGUAAUAUCGAUUACAUCAUAGGCGAUUACAUGGAGAGACUAGGCACGAGACUGAAUAUCCUCGAAACUGAGUUGAAGUAUGCGUGGAGAGCGCUUGAUCUCCUCAGCCAGGAGUACAUCAAAAUGUGGGAAAGAUUGGAAAAGCUGGAGGGUCUGCUGUACGAGCAGCAGACGGUCAUCAGCCAGUUGAUCGAGUUUUAUACCAGCGGUGGCACUCACGACAACGUGGGUAUCGUUGAGGAAACUUUGGCCAACCAGGAGGACUCGGUGGGCGAGCUAGACGCGAUAGCGAAGAGCCUGGGUGCUGCGAUAAGUAUCGAGGAGACCACCGUGCUACGGGAGAAACUGGCUCAACAGGAGCUGGCGAGGAUGCACGGACUCACGCAGGACAGUACAACGGCCGCGGCUGUGGUCACCGAUAUGCACAGGAAUGUCAGGAAUUUAGACACUUUGGAGACCCUCGAGGAAGAGGGUAACAUUCCCGACGAAGCAUUCUACAGAAGCCUCAAUAACGCCUACAGGGAGGAUCUGAUUUGCGGCGACACGUCGAGACCGACGUCGCAGCUGGGUAUGAUCUGGGAAGAGGCCGAAGAUGAGGACAUAAACGGUAAGAAAGAGAUCGAGGCCAGCAUCUUCGAUAAGACUAUACCAAAGGAAAAAGAACUGGAAGAGCUGUCCAGUCAACCGACCAAGGAGGAAGUGCAAACCUCCAUAAUGAAGAAGGAGGACGAGGCGGACGAGGAUGAGGGCGAGGUAUUCAGCGCGGCAGAUUACAAGAGCUAUAGAGGGAACACGCCGUGCGUCAGUGAGCAAGAUCUCGCUCAACUUUCCAGACUCAGCUCUCUCGAUCAAGUGGCGUUAGAAAAGUUGCACGAAAUAGAUAGGCUAACCAGCAAGUUGCAAAAAGAUUCGCAAAAUCUGAUAGAAUUGCAAUCGAGACUGAUAGACUCGCCGAAGCGAACUCAAUAUGCAUCCGAGGCCGAAGCGAAACUGGCCGAGGAGGCGAGUAGCAUAGACGAACAAUUGAGGAAGAUAUACGCGGAGACUGACGUGGACAGCUGGACUUUCUCCAAAAGUCCCAGCUCCACCGGCAGAUCGAUCUCCAGAGUCAGCACCGACAGCGGAUUGGCCACCGAUGGCGACUUUACAACGAGAUCUAUAUCGCCAAGACUGACCUCUACGUCCAGGAGUAAUUUAGACUCCAUUUCGACUACUUAUACCCCGCCUAGAUUAGGAUAUACAUCUGCUAUACUAGAAAAGAGCCCGGAGCCCGUGAUCCAGUUGCCGAUCGAUGUCGGUAGCUUCGCAAAGGGAUACGCAGAAAACAAGGAAUUGACAGAUCUAAUGGCUGAGAGCUUCGCGACCGCUGUCACCUGCGCCUCGCCCAAUAUGUAUAGCACAACCACCGAGAAGGUACCGUCGCCCACUUUGUCGGCCGGCAGCGUACACAGCGUUCACAGCGUCCAGGGUCUCCGCACCAGACAGGACGGUUACUUUGGCAGCGCAGCUCGGCUCAAUCUCGAAUUCCAGGAAAGUCGUACGCCACCUAGUCCGUCGCCUAGCUCACCACCACCACCGGCGCCGCAAGACACCACCGAAUCCUUCCUCAUGUCCGGCACAGAACAAAGGGAACCGGACGCGAAGAGGUCUCAGAGCCCGAGCUUUCUGCGAAACGCGGAAAAAUUGGUCUCCAUGGAGCAGGGUCGUCUCAGUCCCCGCACUCCUCAUUCGCCCAAAUCACCACGAGUCUCGCCGAAACAUGCGGUUAAGCCUGGCAGUGCCGCUAACAUAGUCACAGCUAAGUCCGAUUCCGGUCUGUCCUCUAUGAGCGGUUGGAGCAGCUUAGACAAGUCACCGUGUUCCCCGAAGAGUUCCAUUGCUAAGAUGCUGACUUCUUAUUCGGUGGAUCACACCCGCGCGAGUAGUCUCAUUCCUAGCACGCAGCCCGCCAGAACAACCAGCCCGAUACCACCGCUUCCAGAAACGACUACCACCACCACUAUCACGCAGGAACCUCUCUAUGACACUCCUGAGGGUAGAGACGCCUUCGCGAGCACUAUGGCGACUACAUCUGCUCAUCCUUACACAACGACAAUGAAUCACUUGUCGGCAUAUACGACCGCCAGCAAGUCACCAGCGAAAGAAGACUAUACUUUUGCGCCACCGCCAGCUCCGGGUGUAACUACUACCUGUCAAAGUCCCAAAAAACGUCCAAGUCGUCAACAGAGUAUUCAUCCUUAUGGCUCGACGGUCUCUGGUACGAAUGCGGAUUAUAUCUACAGAUCGGAACAACCGGCCAUUUAUUCCGUGGCCGGUAGUAAUCGACAGCAAGCCAUUACAAGUGUCUAUACCAGCGGUUCUGGGAGCUACGGGCCCAAGACUACCACCUCGGCUUACUAUUCUUCCUCCGAUCCGAUGGACCAAUAUGCCAACUACCAGGACAGUUAUGGCACUCUUCAAUACGUGGAGACGACGAAUACCAUGGCACACGGCAAGAAGCCGAUACGCGGAAGCUCUUUCACAGACGGCAUGACGAACCACGAAGGAUACAAGGCGGCGAUGUAUCGCACGAUGUUUCCCACUGGCAACAUCACGGAUGCUCUCUCAUACUAUCCAACCAGUAUGACUAAUUUGCCACGUACGGAGACAACCGAGAGUUCGUCAUGGUUAAACUCGAUGGAGGAACAGAUACCUCACGACUCGACAUCUUCCAGCAUCAGAUCCUUGACUUCCGACGGAAGUUAUGCGCAAAGUCCAUACACGGACCGGAGGUAUCCCCAGCCUCCGGCCUACCAAGCGCAUUCGGCGUAUCAACAGCAUCACAUUUACGCAAAUCAGAAUUAUCCUCAAGCCUAUCAACAGCAGUAUCAGCCGUAUAGUCAGCGACUGAGCAGUGCCGAGAGCGCGCAACUCGCGGACGGUUAUCAAAGGCAAUGGCAACGAGAGCAUCAAUAUAUUCAGGAUCUCGAGAGCGGAAGGAUGGAACAACAGCAGACGCAGCAGGGCGAGUAUUAUGACGCUUCGAGUGUGAUAGUCUCGCAAUCCGGAUACAUCAGUAUCUCCUCGAAUCUGAAAGAUCACGAGGUCGAUACAAGCAAGCUAUCGAAGAAGGUCAGGAGAGGCUCUUCGCUGAAGAAUGCGAUGAGCUCUAUGAGCAACUGGCUGCCCGAUUUGCAUCUUACCAAACGUCACAGAAGUCAAUCGUUACCAGGCGGUGUCAGAAGAGAAGAUCUGGACGUGCCGCAAGACGGCCAGCAACAAAGACUGCCCGCUGAAAUGUUAGGCAGAGGUCGGGGCAGGGGUCAGGCCGCCAGAAAAAAGAAAAAACACACAUUGGUUUCCACGGUCUCCGGCAUUCUUCAGAAGGCCAAACGUCGCAGUCAUCAGUCGCAAUCUCUGUCCGAUCCGGAACAGUCAGAGACGGAAUGGAGCAGUGGUCGGCAAAGCGGUCUCUCGGAAGAUGAGGAUAGCGUCAUAUCUGACAUCGUUCAAGAACCGCCUUUCUUCGCCAAGGUAAAAACUGCGAGCACGAAGAGGAAGCAGCCGUCUCCGCAGCAAAUAAUGGCACAUCAACAGCAGCAGCAGCAGCAACAAAUAAUGAUACAACAGCAGCAGCAGCUGCAGCAGCAAGCACAGCUACAGCUACAAGCGCAACAAAAGGAAUAUAUGCAGCAGCAACAGGCACAGCUACAACAACUCCAACAACAACAGGCGCUUCAACAACAGCAACAAGCGCUUCAACAGCAGAUUCAACAGCAUCAGGAGCAGUUACACCAACAGGCUCUUCAAGAUACAUGGGCUAAAGAGAAAGAGCAAAGAAAGAUUGAGGUGAACGAGCACGACGCGAACGACCAGACGGCUAUGCUCGAAGAGGAAACUUCGGGAAAGAGUACCGGUUCGGGAUCCGGCGGGUCGUCAAUCUUCCAAACCGUCGGCGAUAUUAAGAGAUCGACAGGCAGUUCGGAUGAGGCGCCCAAUGAGAAGGCGCCGAAACUGCCUCCAGUUACUUUGAUCGGUGGUUCGAGCAUGGAAUUCGCAGUGUCGCGAGCGCUCGGCAAGUAUCGCCAACGGCAAUCUUCAACGGUGUCCGAUGAGCAAUCGACGACUGACGGCGAGAACAAUGAAAAGAAGUCGAUCGAGGAGGGCCCAGGGCAGACUUUGGAAACGAGCUUCGAGUAUCCGGAAGAUAUGUCGGAGAAGAGUGAAAAGAGCGAGAAGUCUGGCAGCGCGAAACUACCGGAACUGGUCACCAGUUUGUCGGAAGAGGCCCCGCCGUCGGAGGGCAGUCCAUCGGCGUCCGUAAGGGGUUACAAUACCACGGGAGGAUCUCGAUUUCUACCGCGCCAUCAGCAAUCCCUAGAGAUUCCGUGGACUGGAUCGCGACCGGGUGAACCUGACGAGGAUAAUCGCAGUACUCAUUCGUAUAGAAGCACAUCGAGAGUGUCCUCGAGGCGGCAAAGCACCGAGGACUCGAUCGAUUCCGAAGACGAAUGGUACUGUUACGAAUUAAGAAAACUCGAAGAGCUGGAGAGACAGUCCGAGAUGGAGAUGACAGAAGCAUUGAUCGAAGAACCCGAAGACGAGGUUUAUCAGCCAGACGAAACGGUAAAAGAAAAGAUGUCGUUUGUACUGAAGGAGCUUAAGCUCAAAGCCGUCACGAAACCGAAGGAUCAGAGAAAGGAGGGUAGAGAAGAAUCGCGAAGUAGGAUGAACGGUACGGUCAUUAAGGAACAUCGCUUCGAAGAGAAUGAUAGCAGGUAUCGCGACGAGAAGCCUAUACCUAAGCGAAAGUCUGCAGAAAGUGUAGAGGCUGUGUUCGCCAGGGUGACCGACUACCAUACGUGGGCGCACGAGCUAGAAGCCAAAAAGGAGAAGCCUCCACCGUCCACUGAAGAGGGUUCCUCCGGCGAAACAUCCGGUCCGGACAGUCCCGGACAGUCGAUGGACGAGGAAGAAGAAGAGGAACUGCCGAAGGAUCUCGAAGAGCAACAAUCACGACGAAGCUCCAACGGUUCGACGUUACGUCACAGCGAGAAGAUGCCACAGGGCUCGGAUUCUUUAUCCCGCGAAGGUAGCGUAAGUGUACCACCUAGCGAAGUGUCGGUCAGCAUCCCGGGAGCUUGGGAUUCUGAAAGCACUGUCCUUGAAGGCCUCGAGCGCGAUGGAGCCGGUAGCGCCGAGACGGCUACCACGGCGACCUUGAGUCUACCGAAGAUCAAGAUCGACUCCUCGUCCUGCGGAAGCUCGGACACGACAUUGAAGGAGGGCCAGGUGAGUCCUGGCCCACCCGGGUCCAAGUGGAAGCUGCUCAAGGCCUUGAAGGAACGUAAGGCCGAGGAGAAGCUCAAGGAGGUCGAAGAGGCCUCUAAGGAGACCGCUAUCUCUCAGGGACCCACGGCAAACGGCAGCGGGCCGGGCGGCGAAUCCGGUGGACGAGCGAACGGACAUCCAGGCGACAAUCCCUUCUACAGCACCAUCGACAGCAUGCCGGACAUUCGACCGCGCCGGAAGUCGAUACCAUUGGUUUCCGAGCUGGUCUUGAAGACCAUGGCAGCGACGAAGAGGAACGCUGGUCUCACAUCCGCCGUACCUCGAGCGACGCUGAACGACGAAGAGCUGAAGAUGCACGUGUACAAGAAAACUCUGCAAGCGAUGAUCUAUCCUAUAUCGUCGACCACUCCUCACAAUUUCGUCACCUGGACCGCCACGUCGCCGACGUACUGCUACGAGUGCGAGGGUCUUCUCUGGGGCAUCGCUCGACAGGGAGUGCGAUGCAUGGAGUGCGGUGUCAAGUGUCACGAAAAGUGCAAGGACCUCCUGAACGCCGAUUGCUUGCAGAGGGCGGCUGAGAAGAGCUCAAAGCACGGCGCCGAGGAUAAGGCGAUGAGCAUAAUCACGGCCAUGAAGGAGAGAAUGAAGCAGAGAGAGCGAGAGAAACCGGAGAUCUUCGAGUUGAUUCGCACGACGUUUUCAGUCGACCCGGAUACGCACAUAGACAGCCUCGAGCAGGCCGAACAGAUCGUCCUCGAGGGUACCAGCAAGUGGUCCUGCAAGAUCGCCAUCACAGUGAUCAGCGCUCAAGGAUUAAUCGCCAAGGAUAAGAGCGGCACAUCCGAUCCCUACGUGACGGUCCAAGUUGGUAAAGUGAAGAAACGCACGAGGACUAUGCCGCGAGAGCUGAACCCAGUAUGGCACGAGAAGUUCUAUUUCGAGUGCCACAACUCUUCCGAUCGGAUCAAAGUACGAGUGUGGGACGAGGACAACGACCUGAAGUCGAAGCUGAGGCAGAAACUGACGAGGGAGAGCGACGACUUUCUUGGGCAGACCAUCAUCGAGGUCCGGACUCUCAGCGGCGAGAUGGACGUCUGGUACAACCUGGAGAAGAGGACGGACAGGAGUGCAGUGUCGGGCGCCAUUCGACUGCACAUUAGCGUCGAGAUCAAGGGCGAGGAGAAGGUGGCACCUUACCACGUGCAGUACACCUGUUUGCACGAGAAUCUCUUCCACAGCCUGUGCGAGGAGAACGGCGGCCUGGUGAUUCUGCCUCAGGGGCAGAAGGGCGACGACGCCUGGAAGAUCUACUUCGAUCCUCCCGGCGAGGAGCUCGUCGACGAAUUCGCCAUGCGUUACGGCAUCGAGAGCAUCUACCAGGCGAUGACGCACUUCCACUGCCUUUCGACAAAAUACUUGUGCCCAGGAGUGCCGGCUGUGAUGUCGAUCCUCCUGGCUAACAUCAACUCUCACUACGCCCACACGACCGCUAGUCCGUCCGUGUCGGCCAGUGAUAGAUUCGCCGCCAGUAACUUCGGGAAAGAAAAAUUCGUCAAGCUACUGGAUCAGCUGCACAACUCCCUCAGGAUCGACCUGUCGAUGUACAGGAACAAUUUUCCGGCCUCAAGCCAGGAGAAGCUGAUGGAUCUGAAAAGCACCGUGGAUCUGCUGACGAGCAUCACGUUUUUCCGUAUGAAGGUCCAGGAACUGUCGAGCCCGCCGCGUGCCAGCACUGUUGUGAAGGACUGCGUGAAAGCGUGCCUGCGAUCGACCUACCAGUUUCUCUUCGAGAACUGUUACGACCUGUACAAUCGAGAAUUCCAAGCGGAUCCGAACGAGGCGAAACGGGAGACGGACGAUCAUGGGCCGCGGCUCGACUCGCUCGACUUCUGGCACAAGCUGAUCGCCCUGAUAGUCUCGGUAAUCGAGGAGGACAAGAACAGCUAUGCGCCCGUGUUAAAUCAAUUCCCUCAGGAGCUCAACAUCGGUCAACUGUCGGCGGCCACGAUGUGGUCCUUGUUCGCAGUGGACAUGAAGUACGCCCUGGAGGAGCACGAGCAGCAUAGACUGUGCAAGUCCUCGGCCUAUAUGAAUCUGCACUUCAAAGUCAAGUGGCUGCACGCCAACUACGUCAAGGACGUGCCGCCAUAUAAGGGCGCCGUGCCAGAAUACCCGGCCUGGUUCGAGCCCUUCGUCAUGCAAUGGCUCAAUGAGAACGAUGAUGUCUCAUUAGAAUAUCUCCACGGUGCCUUUAGUAGAGAUAAAAAGGAAGGCUUCCAGAAGAGCAGCGAGCACGUGCUCUUCAGCGUUUCCGUCGUCGACGUUUUCACACAGCUGACGCAGUGCUUCGACGUGGUGUCGAAGCUAGAAUGUCCGGACCCGGAGAUCUGGAAAAGGUAUAUGAAGAGAUUCGCGAAGACCAUCGUCAAAGUUUUGGUGGCUUACGCGGAUAUAGUGAAGAAGGAAUUCCCCAGCCAUCUGAAGGAGGAACGAAUUGCGUGCAUUCUGAUGAACAAUAUUCAACAACUUCGGGUGCAAUUAGAAAAGAUGUUCGAGUCGAUGGGUGGCAAUAAGCUCGAGGAGGACGCGGCGAACAUAUUGAACGAGCUGCAACAACAGCUGAACGGCGCUUUAGACGAUUUGGCUAUACUAUUCGCGAACAAUUUGGAACCGCAAAUAACAGUUUCCGUCAAGGAGGUAGGAGACCUCUUGUGCGCUAUCAAAGGCGGAGGACAGGUAACCCUGUCGCAGCCCCAAAGAAACAACGUAACCCUGGAGGCCGAAGAAGUUUUGAGGCCGCUCAUGGUUCUGCUCGACGGUAGCCUAUCUCUGUACGCUGAAUCGUGCGAGAAAACGGUAUUGAAGAGAAUGCUGAAAGAACUGUGGAAGAUAGUCAUGAGACUUUUAGAAAAGACCGUCGUUUUGCCACCUAUGACGGAUAAGAGUAUGAUGUUCAAGAAUCUGACGGAUAAUGCUAAGAAUCUCGCUGCGAACGCCAAGAUAGAAGACAUGUCGAAGCUGUUUAAGAACCACAUGGCCGGGAAACCCGAUGUCAAGAAUGCCCUCAGCGGAGUUAUGGAUAUCUCCAAGGAAGUGGAGAAGAAUCUUUCGCCGAAGCAGUGCGCGAUACUCGAAGUUGCUCUGGACACGAUCAAGGUGUACUUCCACGCCGGCGGUAACGGCUUGAAGAAGAUAUUCGUGGAGAAAUCACCGGAACUGCAGAGCCUCCGUUAUGCGUUGAGCUUGUACACGCAGACGACGGACACUCUCAUCAAGACCUUCGUUACUUCACAAGUCAACCAAGUGCCGCUGAACGACGCGUCAACGCUACGUCAGCGUCAGCGUUCGAUGAGCAGCGAGAGAGGUGACGAAGGGGAAGGAGCCGAGGGUAUGGAAAGCCUCGAGGAACCCCUUCGCCAGAGCAAGCCCUCUCUUCGUCGAGAGAGCCGACAAGUUCCAGAUACCGCUGGUUCGGAUGAGGGUUCGGUGGGCGAGGUGAGCAUCCAGGUGGAUCUCUUCACGCACCCGGGAACGGGAGAGCAGAAAGUCACCGUCAAAGUUGUAGCCGCGAACGAUCUCAAGUGGCAGUUGGCGACGGGCAUGUUCAGGCCGUACGUUGAGGUGAAUCUAAUCGGACCGUAUCUUACUGGCAAGAAGAGGAAACAGUCGACGAAAUCAAAGAGCAAUAACUGGUCGCCGCAAUUCAACGAGAGCUUCGACUUCAUGAUCGGUAACGAGCAACAACAGCUAGAUUUCUACGAAUUGCACAUCUGCGUGAAGGAUUACUGCUUCGCGAGGGAGGACAGGCUUGUCGGAGUCGCGGUGAUGCAACUCAAGGACAUCGCCGAGGAGGGCUCGUGCGCGUGCUGGCUGUCGCUCGGCAAGCGUAUCCAGAUGGACGAGACCGGCUGGACGAUCCUGCGCAUUCUCUCGCAGCGCAACAACGAUGAGAUCGCCAAGGAGUUCGUAAAGCUGAAGAGCGACAUCAGGCAGGAGACACCGCUGCCGAAUCCUACUUGAGGAGAUACGACGUUGAGUCAAUAAGCCGAUAGCGAAGCAAUUCGAGUACUUCGAGCUUGGAAAGAGCCCGAAGAGGCGAAAAAAGAGAAGGGGAGGAAGAAGGAGCAGGAAGAAGAGGAGGAAGAGAAGCAGGAGGCCGUCCAAAGGGGAUCAGCAUUUGAUGCCUUCGGUGCCACAAGCGAACGAAACCUUUCACGAUUCCGCGAGAGAGAUGUAAUUCGCGCGAUUCACCCGGCGAGAACAAUCGCCCCGAACCCUUCCGCCCUUCUUCGCCGAGAGGCACACGCAAUCCAAGGAGGGAACAAUCCUAGCAACGGGAUUCGAUUUACCGCGGAGCGACUUCUUCUCUCCAGCUUCCCUCGCGCCGUGGAGUUCAAUCGAGCGUAAUUCCUCUCCCUUUUUUACGAGACACACACACACACAUACACACACAGAGCUUCAACCCCGUCCCUGGACAGCGACGACGCACCGGGAACCACCAUCUUCCACAGAUCUCGAGAUAGGACGACGAGCUAGGUCGAUCCCGCGUGGUUCGGCGUUCGUCCUGCGUACGACUACAAUAACGAAACAAAAAAAGGGCGAUUCCUCCCGCCUGCGUUUAUAGAGAGUUUAAGUAAUCGAGGAGGCGCGGAGCUCGCGACAAACGACGACGACGAGCGAUGCUCCGGCGCCACACGAGGCAAGAGACACGUCGGACUCUUCUUCGAGUGCGAGAGACGCAGAGGGAGACGGAGAUACGAGGGAGAGAGUGUUCGCUAGACAAAAAGACGCGAAACGUGAAAACAGUGCUGCCAGUACGCAAUAUAUUUGGUAAUAUUCGUAAUGUAAGAUAGGACGAGAGACUUAACACCGCGAAGAAACUAAACGUACGGUGCUUCGCGCAGAAGGCGACAGAAACUCUCUCGAUCGGACGCGCCGUUCGCCGUUCGCCGAAAGACUGACUUCGAGAUGAAAGAAGAGGACCGAGAAGCGAGUCCACGGUACGGUGGGUCCUUGACCGCGACGCGGCCGCAUGUGCUGUAAACGGAGGGACGCGAAGUCGAGUACACACGGAAUCGUAUAUACAUAAAGUUUACAUGCCACGCGCACACACAUACACCCACACGUAAGGUUUACACGCGCGUGCGCGCAAUACGACCGCGUCGUUUCUAGGCCGUUUGUUCGGAAGGACGAGAUUUACUGUAGAUACGUGAAAACAUUGUUGAGACGAACAAGUUUUUUCUAAAUAUACAGUUUAAAUGUAGCAUUGCGUACGACCAAAUAGGCACGUCCUGUGGACGUCACGUAGCGACGUGCCGUUAGUAAUAAAAGAAAAAAACAGAAAAAAGUUAGUAAGGCAUUGUAAUUGUAAAGUACGUUCUUAUUCGUAAGAUUAUACCAGAGAAAUGAUCGUAAGAGUCUGACUGUUGCUGAUGCUGUUGCUGCUGUUGCGAAUGAUGCCGUGAUCCGCCCGAGAGCUUCGGAAGCCACGCGAGAGCAGCGUGUACCGAUUCCAGACUGACGUGCGAGCUGAACGGGAUGCACGCGCGUUGAUCCCGCGCUUCCGGAAGUAGCGAUACGCCCGGCACGCGGCUGCGAACCCGAAUCCACGUUCUUACGAACUGGCGAACGAGCGAACGAGCCUGCAAAAUUCAACUCCCUUACACUCUCGCAAUUUGUACCGUCGGUGCUCGGAUAUUCUGGAUACUCGGAGUAUUAUCCGAGUGUGACCGAUCAUAUUAGGAUGUCGCCCAAAAUUUCGUGCUCGAUAAUUUCCGAGCUAUUCGAAUGAUAUCCGUGAACUUGAAUCCGGCUACUUGUAAUCUUGUAGCGCACGCAAUUGUACCGUAGCUUCUGAUUCUUUUUAGCUGUUAUUGUUUUUUACGCCAUCUCGGAACGUGGCAUGAGGCACCGGACGUUAAAGCUGCUAUUAUUAGUACGACUACCGCUACCGUAUAUUAGCUUCAUUCGCAUCUUGUACAACUUGUCUCGUGUGCGUAGCGGUCGUUCGCCCGUCCGUGGAAACGCAACUGCCGCGUUUUCGCCGGUGUCUUUCGUCGGGAAGCUCGUGUCGCGCGAAAAGGUGGGUAGGGAACGAUCGACGCCCCUCUUCGCUACGUCUGCUACGAUCGCACGAAGCUUCGGUCGGAUCCCUCCGUGAGAGAAACUCGAAGGCACGCGACCUCGUAUCUGAUGAAUCCAGUCAUCGUCCAGCCCAGGGCUGCAGAGUCGGGCGGGGCAAGUACAACACAACUCCGGAGAUUACGCUAUUAUAUUCAAAAGUUUCUACUACGUAGUACGUCUAGAUUAUACUUACGUAUUGUGUAUAGUGUCUAAAACUGCUGAUGUAGCUGCGAGCGCGGGAUUUUCGAUCGGCAGACAGAGAAAGAAAGGCGAGGGCCAUCUCGAAAGUGAACGUCCGAUUAUCUCAGCUGCAGGUGCUUGCCAAAUUUGAGUAUACGAAGCAUCAGGCCACGAAUUAAAGGAUUCCACGUAACAGUGAUCGAGCCCACCUCUUCAAGAAUCUGAAAGAAUUAAUCUUAACGUUAAGAGAAGUAAAGUAAUCGUAUGUAGAUUAGUAAUUUGUAUUCGCUAAAUUUAGAUUAAUUUGUUCAAGUGCUGUCGAAAAGGAAAGUGGGACAGACAUUGUCAGGGCAUCGAAUCCUUCAAGGUCUCUUUCGCCAGUGGCGCAUACGGUACUCGAAAUUGUAUUAACAUUCUGUUGGAAGCUCGUUGACUUCAAUUCGGCGAUCGAUUCUCACGAAGCACCUGCAUCUGCCGCUGACGGUGUCGGAAAAAUACCAAGCUGGUAGGAAAGAAAAACACGGGUCCGCGAUCUCGCCACCAUCUUCAUUUGUAAAAGUGUCUAUUUUCUCCGCUGCCUAACACUAAGUACAUAAUUACUUAAUACGAAAGGGCUGGCGAAUUCGGCACUCAGAUCGGCCUCGUCGACGGGGCCCACCUAGACGGAUUACCUCGACACUCGUACCCCCCCCCCCCCGAUCGCAGAUCCACCGCAAUCACCGCGACCGUCGACGGGGUCGGCCGCCAAUUUUUCCUCCUACUCUCCGCUUCGAUUAAUAUCUUGUAAGCUUAAUGAAAAUAUCUCGUGUAUUCUGUGAUAAUUACCCCUUAAAGAGGACACCGACACGCUACACCGUACACGCACAAGGAACAUAUACACGUACACGUACGAGGGGGAGUCCGCGUACGCGGAAGGUGGAAGUUGUACAGGAGCUGGAAACAGACGACAAAGGUAGAUGCGACUACAACAUCACACCGAUCCUAUGAACAUAGCAACAGUAUUUUUCUUCUUUAAAUACAUUCCCAUAUUUCUAUUCUCUGUAAACGUCCGAGGAGUCUCGUCGCGAUAAUGGAGGUAAAAGAAAACGAGAGAAAGAUAUAUAUACUUACUAUAUAUAUAUAUUUACAUUAUAUGCAGAGUGAACCAGGGAAUCGCCUCCACUUCCCCUCGUCUGUCGAUUCUGUGAUCAAUUAGCAGUGGAUUUCUCCUCGACGAAAGUUUUAUCCUUUUUCACAACUUUCUAAUGUUAAAUACGUAUCUAAGCCUGAAAUAAGAGCACUGUGAAAGUAAUAUUCACUUCGAAUUAAACAAAGAAGGCUCCGUCGUCUCUACCGCUCGUUGAAAUUCUUAGACUUUUUAUCACAGUUUGAAACUUAUCGCUGCCUUGACAACCUUUCGUCGCGGAAAAAACCCUCGAAAUUGAUCGGAGAGUCCGUAGAUGAGCGAAACCCGGGACACCCUGUGUACCGCAUCGACAAAUCGUAUUUCUUCAACCGCGAUAUUAUCAGCCGCAAGAAGAUACAGACGCCGAGAUAGAGGGACGCAAAAGUGUGUAGCGCGUAACGACACGGACGCUUUUAGCUUCGGAAAUUCAGUGAACGAUUGCAUACGAUACGAUAACUAGUGUGAUAAUAAAUGCGAUACGAUGAAAUAAAUAAUUAAAAAGGAAUCCACUCGAGAAAUUACAACAAGCGAAGCUCUGGAAAAAUCACCUGAUUCGCGCUUAAAUCAUAUGUUUAGCGUAUACUAUAAUUUUACGAUUUCUCAGCUCUUUCCGAAAAUGUUCUUCAUAGUUUCAUGUCGUUUUCAAGCCUCUGGUUACAAUCUUAAAUAAAUUGCAAAUACAAGUUUAAAUAAAUGAAUUUUCAUAGCUAAUGUUUCAAAAUGAUUUCGAAUCGUCUUCGAAAGAUCAACGACGAGUUACGGGGAUGGCGAAAUGUGCAAAUCGAUCCGUUAUUGCUUCUCGGUCGUGAAGAAAAAUGCUCUGAUUAUUUCGGAUUAUCGCUCGCUUGUAUCGAAGGCACAAUUCCCCGAGAGAUCGCCGCAAACUUUUGCGUCCGGUCGUCGCUGACAGCGUAGAGUAGAGAACCGGAAAUUCAAGGCAGACUCCAGACCGCUGAGUAAGAUACACAUCUUUUUUAGCAGGAAGAAGAGAGAGAUCACGCGUAACACAAAGAGAAACUAAGGAGAAAAAAAAAAGAUAUACACAACUGUUGACAAUACUAUGCUUGAGAAUCGUAUUGACACAUAUGUAAUGUACCUAAUAAAUAUAUAAAACAAGA